AUGAGCAAGAGUAAUUCAAUAUUUCCGGUUUUAUUCUGUGCUGCUGGUAUAUAUGCUAGUUUCCUUACGUGGGCAUUAGUUCAGGAGCCUUUGACCACGCAGGUAUGGGAGAACUCUCAUAAAAGGUUUCAGUGCCCCAAUGUCAUUGCUGUGGUGCAGGCGGUCGCAGCAGUGUGUGUUGGAUAUUUCUACAUGAGAGCGAAAGGUGCGCAAAGGAACUACGGUGCCAUCGCAAUGGUUCGUGAUUACGCCAAACCACUGGCACUGAUAUCUUUCACUCAAAGUGCCUCUUCUCCACUGUCCCAGUAUGCUUUGCAAUACGUCGAUUACUUAACUUAUAUGCUGGCCAAGUCAUGUAAGAUGAUCCCAGUCCUGCUAGUUCAUCUUAUUAUCUACCGUACUACUAUUUCAAGAAAGAAGUCCGUUGUAGCUGUACUGGUUAGUAUUGGUGUUACUAUUUUUACUAUUGGUGGCUCUAAGGGAAAGAUUUCAGGUUCAAUUAGUGGAAGUAACGACGAGCACUUCUUCCAGAAAGCAUCAGGGUUCUUGUUAUUGUUCCUAAGCUUGUUCAUGGAUGGACUUACGAAUGCUACCCAGGAUAAAAUGUUGAAGAAUAAUCGUGUUCAGAUGGCAAUCCAGAACGCUGAAACACAGGACAAAAAGCAACAACAUAAAGUGUUCCAUACACUUACCGGUGCACACAUGAUGUUUGCAUUAAACUUCUUUGUGGCUAUCUGGAACAUAGCUUACUUGUUGGUAAUUGAUAGAGGCCAAAUAUGCAAUGCUCAUGCAAUGUUAAAGAAAGAUCCCAUUAUUGUUUCAUACUUAUUAGCUUACGCCCUCUGUGGAUCUCUCGGUCAGUGUUUCAUUUUUUACACACUGGAAUUGUAUGGCUCUUUGGUCUUGAUCAUGAUAACGGUUACUAGGAAGAUGAUGUCAAUGCUACUGAGUAUCAUUGUCUUCGGUAAAACCGUGAACGCAACGCAAUGGCUGGGUAUUGUAAUUGUUUUCUCCGGUAUCACAUGGGAGGCUCUCGAUAAAAGGAGAGAAAAGAAGGCAUUGGAAGCAAAAGUACAGAAAUCAGAAUGA